UCACAGGAAUUUGUCUAAGCGUGAGGACAGGAUGUUGUAAUAUACACAAUACAUAGGUUGGUCAAAGAUCAGUCGAGUACUGAGCCAGAAUUAGUAAACAGCUCGCGAGUCGAGGAAAGAAAAGUACACAAACGCAUGUGUACUUCACACUAAAUACGUACACGUGUGUACGUAUUUUUCUUACGAGAAAAGGCGCUUAUAAUCACAUGUGGCAUUCCGUGGGUUACUGAGAAGUGUGACAGCAACAUACUUGAAAUUACACGUCGUCUUUUGGCUCAACUUAAUCGAAAACCACGUGGCUUCGUGUGGGAUAUGUGGACUGGUUCGUGGUAUUAUGGAACGCUGAAAUAUGAGGAACUUCAAGCCGUCGAAGAGUCCAGGUGUACUGGAGGAACUGUGAUUUCUGAAGUGUGGCAAGCCAAGAGUGAAGGACGACUUAGGGGGGAAGAGGGGGGGGGGGGCAGGGGGACGUUGUGAGUGGCUGGCGGGACGUUGAAGGUGGCUCUAUACACUGAGAUGAGGUUGUCGACGGUCGUGGUGGUGGUGGUGGUGUUUGUAGCUCUCACCAGGGCAGAGCGGACGUCAGAGUGGCAUCCUAUCAUCUUCAACGUGCCGUUCGGUCAGGCAAUCUCCCGGCUGCUGGUGUCGACCCAGGCGCCCUCCGCAGCCGCCUACGUCGCCUUCUUCGUCAAUGGUCACGGGUGGACGUUUUAUAAAUACUUCACCAUUGCUGGAGGUCACGACUGGCACAUCAUCGAUAUAGUCCAGCCGAAGAACUCAGCGACGGUGGUGAUGGGUCCUGUAGCGGGUAUCAACGAGGAACUCAAGCCUGGAAGACUUGCCCAUGUGGCCGUCAAGAGCCGGGAGCCUGUGCACUGGGUCUUCUGUUCCUACUCCUGCACUCUACCACCACUACCACCAUCACCGGCGGCGCUGUGCCCCACCACCACCACCACCAGUGGGGGGAACUCACUGCUUAUAGCCACAACCGCAAGCAGCACCAGCGUCAGCAGCAGCACCAACAGCAGUAGCAGCAGCAGCGUCAGCAGCAGCAUCAACAGCAGUAGCAGCAGCAGCGUCAGCAGUAGCAGCAUCAACAGCAGUAGCAGCAGCAGCGUUAGCAGUAGCAGCACGAUCGUCAGCAGUAGCCGCACCAGCAACAGCAGCGUCAGCAGCGUCAGCAGCAGCAGCACCAUCACGGCACUAGGAGUGCUGUGUGUCCUCCUGGCCCUCACAACAAUAACUCUCGUCGUCUAUGUCUGCUAUUUCGGCGGAAACACACCAAAGACCCAGCAACACCGCCUCACCGCAGAUUCUCCAAGAGGGGUAACUUCCCAAGACUCAAGACAUCCCCUCAGACAGAAGCACUACUCCGGAGGAGAAGGUCUGGGAGCUAACUCUGGUCAAGGAACUAAAAGUUGCCAAGGCGAACAUGAAACAAAUAAUGUCUACAGCCAAUAUACCGAACUAGGAGCUACUUGUGCGAACAGUGAAGUAGAAAGAGGGUACUUCAACCGAGCAAUAAAUGAAGGCGAUGAUGACAUCAGAAGGACUGAUCACGGCCUCCGUGGAAAAGAGGAAAGCAGCAGUAAGCUUGGAGAGGAAGAGGGCGGAACGGAAGGCUGCGACAACCAUGGAACAGUAGCGAGAUACUCGAAAAGAAGUUCUCUCCGUGGGAGCGCUGACAGUGUGUACGAUGUUGCCUUUCAUUGAGGUCUCAUGCUCUCUCUCUCUCUCUCUCUCUCUCUCUCUCUCUCUCAUCGACAUGUGUACCUGCGGCUACAGCUGUAUUCGAAGCUGUAGCUCAAAGUGACUGUAAAUUCCUCAGUUGCUUACGAACCUGCGUCUCAUGAACCUCUAACUCCUAACUGAUCUUGUGCAUCUAUGACGACGCUAACAUUUAUCUGGGCUUCACAAAACAACGAAUUACUAAUAUAUUAUAGCUUAAUUACACUAAGAAAACGUUUUUAACUGUUUAAU